AUGAUACAUAGGUUACAAUUUAUAACGGUGCAAAAUACAUCAGCUCUAAAUAGUUUCAGAUAUUUGAAUCUGGUCAGGAAUCUACCAGUUCCCACAUUUAAGACACGAUGAGAUCGUGUCAAGAGUACAGCCAUCAAUUAUCUUCCGAACUAUGUUCCAAGAUGCUGUCUCGUAUGUGAAAUGCACUUGACAGAACGAGCACUCCAUUUGACGUUCCAUUUCAGUAAGGAUUGCUCUGUUUGUUGUCUCUCUUAA